AUGUUGGCUUGUUCUUAUUAUAUUAUUGUAUUAUUUCUGUCAAUACCCUUAACUUGUCAAGAAAGAAACACCACGGAUGUGGCUGAUAUAAGAGACGAGAAUCACAAGGCUCUAAAAUACGUAGCAUUUCUACUCUUUACUAUUUUCUUGCUUUAUGGUAUUAUUAGUAACAUACUGCUGGCGAUUGUAUUCUAUCGCAGACAGGACAAUCAUUACAAUCUUGAAUUUAUUCUUAUUGCAUCACAGUUGAUUAUUUGUAAUUUCAUCGCUUUCCUUCCACAGGUGAUUGUUGUACUGCCAGAAAUGUUACAAGCUAAAAACAGUUUAUACGCAGAGCAAACAAUAUGGAUUAACCAAACAUUCUCAGCUUUUAAUAACUUCUCACUUUUUGCAAUACUCCAUUUUUCAUUUCUGGUGACACUUAAUCGUUUUGUUGUGCUAAUUUUGCCAAAAUACAGUGCACUUUUCAAAUCAGCGUGGCUGUAUUUCGUGAUCAUUUUCGUGUGGUUGUCAACUUUAGUAAAUUCAACUGUCGACUUUUAUUAUUGUAUCAGAAGCUUCCGCGUUUCAAAUUUAUCCUGGAUAAGAGUUUGCACAAAACAGCCAAAUACAAUUUUUAUGAGUAUUCACUAUCUGUGGUUAUUAUUUUUGCCCAUUGCAAUGUUUGUUAUGUACAUUAUUAUAUUCUGCAGUAUACGUCGUAUACGUUAUUUUGCUCUAGAUAUUCUGAACAAUCAAGAUAACACGGCAGUUUCCAUCAAACGUAGAGUGAAUAAAGCAAGAAAUGGUGUUUACGAAAGAUCAAUGUUAAUUCAAGCAGCAUUAACUUGUGGUGUUUUAGAAAUUCGACCUAUUAUUUUUUAUUUUUUACCACCGAUUGUAAUCAAAAUAUUUGGCAAAGGAGCUAACAUUCCUUUAGGAAUUUUCAUCAACUGCUAUAUCAUUUUCUUUUACGCUGCAUUACCUACUGUUCACUUCUUUUGCAAUAGACGAGCUCGUAACAUCCUAAAAUAUCAGUUCUUGCAAUCGAAGAUUGAAAUCAAGAAAUAA